AGAGAGACAGAGGGAGAGAGAGAGAGAGAGAGAGAGAGAGUGAGGAGACAGACACUGAGGGGGGAGGGCAGAGGCGAGAAAGAAAGAGGGAAAGGAGAAAGAGCGAGAGGAGGAGAAGCGUGCUAUAUGCGUAAAGGCAGCGCGCGCGAGUGCCAGAACAGAGUGCGAGAGAGUAACUGGCUGAUAAAGCGAUAGAAGAGGAGGAGCGUAAAGGGUGGUCGCGAUACGCCGAAAGUCGCUAAGAUGCAGUUUCACAGUGGCCUGAUGUUACCAAUCCUACUCGCCGUCGCGCUCUGCCUCCUGUUGAACGUGUUGACGUUACACGCGCGGCAGGUCGCACCUUUGAUAGAGGACGACUGGGCGAGAAGACCGCAUCGUGCCGCCGAAUGCAACUUCGGCAAGCAGAUCCGCGAGCUGGGCACCACGUGGUUCGCGGACCUGGGCCCACCUUUCGGAGUCAUGUACUGCAUCAAGUGCGAGUGCAUACCGGUGCAGAAGAAGAAGCGAAUCGUCGCGAGAGUUCAAUGUCGCAACAUCAAGAACGAGUGUCCCCAGCUCACGUGCGACGAACCAGUUCUGCUACCAGGUCGAUGCUGCAAAUCGUGCCCCGGUGACUUCAGCACGGACAUCGUGCAAGAUCUGCCGGUGCAGCUGUCCUCGGAGGAGGAAGAACGGAACCUGAAACAUUUCGGCACUCUCCUGACGGGCAAGACGUCGCAGUCGGUGCGUUGCGACGACCCGAACCCGACGUCGAUGUACAACAGCGCGUACAACUACCUGGCGACCGGUCGCUUCACCUUCCACCGCAAGAACCUCUAUUAUUCGUUCUACCUGUCCGCGUUGACGCCCCGGCCGCGUAGCAUACAGUUCGUCGAUGGAUCUGGCAGCAUUCUCGAGGAGCAGGCCAUCGAUCCGGUCGGUGGCUCUUACCAGAACGUCACCGGCAAGCUCUGCGGUGUGUGGAGGCGUGUACCGCGCGACUAUCGCAAACUGUUGCGCGAAGAACGGCUCCACGUGUCCUUCUUCUGGGAGCCCUCGGCGAGCUUGACCGGCCAGUUGUCGCGGUACCGCGCCUUGUCGACCGAGCAGUACUCCUCCUUGCUGGAGCCGGCAAUGGGCGUCGACCGAUCCUUGAUGUCUGGCGCGGGAGCAACGGCGAUCGUGUCCGCCUCGUCCGUCUCGGCGCCUUCGAUCCACGUGUCCCUUGUGUUCAACGGUCUGUUCUUGCCGAACGACGUGGCGGAGGUGCCGUUGAUCGUCCAACUGGAACACCUGGAGAAGGACUAUGUGGUCCUCCGGGAGGAAAUGGUCGUGAAGAAACCGUCGAACGAGCUGAACUUUGGCGAAGUGCGCAGCGCUCUCUCCGGCGCUGACCUUCGUCUUCUCACCAGAGGCAAGCUGUCCAUCAGCAUUAUGUCCCGGAAGGAUCCGCAGGCUCUUCACCUCACCGGUACCGUCGGCCCGCGCGCAACCUGCGAUAUGUACCAGACUCUGCUGCUGUCGGAGACACCGUCCGCGGCGUCCGGAUUGGCUUGGGCCUACUUGGACCGCAUCGGAGCGCUGCGCUAUGGAGUUCAGUUGAUAGGUCUCGAGGAAGAGAGCCCUCUGGUGACCUUGGUGGACGAAGGAGGGAAACGGAGGAUGGAGCUGGAGGAUCUCACGCCUUCGUUGGUCGGCGGCUUUGCGAACGGUUCCUUGGACCGUCCUGGGCCGAGGCUCUUGGAGCCGCUCUUCAAAGGAGAGCUGUCCGUCGUGGCCGCGAGCCACCUGGGCUCCAUGUUGCGCGGUAGACUGCUCGAGAGACCUGUGGCCGAUGCCAGAGAUACCGCCGCACCGGUAUUGCUGCGGAGAUUGGACGAAAAGCCGACUCAUCCCGGACCGGUCGGCCUGAUCUGGACCGCGGUGGACUUGGACUGUUCCUUGCACUAUGAGCUGGAGCUGGCUGGUUUCUCGCAGGAGCCACGGACGUUCCGGCUGUACUUGGAGACGAUGCCCCGGCUGGCUCAAGGUGCUCCCGUCGCCAGGAGACUCCUCGAGGAGUUCACCGGUUACUCAUUAGAGGGUUCCGUUAUUGGACUGUCACCGAUGGAACUCUACAGAAUCGAGUCGGGCAUUGGCUUUCUUGAGGUGGUCGACAGCAAGCAAAACAGUCACACCCUCAAGGCUCCUUUCAAGGCUAGAGCGCCGUUCAGCUGCCUGCCCCAUUACGCCGACAACGAUGUCGCUUCUGUGGUCGCGUACAAUCUGCAACCGUCCAAGUCGGACUUUGAGACCGGCGCAUGCUUCCACGAGACCAGGUUCUACGAGGAGGGCACGCAGUGGACGUCCAACACGGACCCCUGUUCCAUGUGCCAUUGCUACCGCGGCUUGGCGCAGUGUGACUCGGUGCCCUGCCCGGCGCUCCCUUGCACCCCGGGCAAGCAGGUGAAGCAGUCAGUGGCCGGCCAUUGCUGUCCUAUUUGUGUGGCAGCGGUAGCUGCGGUAAAUAACACAAUAGUCAAGAGCAACACCAUGAAAGGUUGCACGCUGGCUGGGCAAUAUCACUUGGCAGGAUCGUCCUGGCAUCCGUAUUUACCGCCGGUAGGAUUCGACACCUGCGCGGUCUGCACUUGCGAUGCUGUCACGUUGGAAGUAAAAUGCCCGCGGGUGCAGUGCCCGCCGCUCGAGUGCGACGAGAAGAUCGCCUUCAGGCCGGACAAGAAAGCCUGCUGCAGGCAGUGCCCGGCGACGACGCCUCGCAACGUAGCCGCCACCGCCGCCGCCGUUGCCGCUGCUGCAGCAGUUACAAACGACACCGCGCGCCUACCGAGAGAUCAGGCCUUACCGUCCACACGGCAUACCGCGGAAGAGAUACUCGCUUCCGGAGGAUGCAAGUACCCGGUCGGCGGGCCCUACGAGAAUGGCAUGGAAUGGCAUCCUCGAGUACACUCACACGGCGAGAUGAAGUGCGUCAAGUGCCGUUGCAAGAACGGCGAGGUCAGGUGCGACAGGAAACGUUGUCCACGGUCGCUCUGUAACUCGAUCGCGCAUCAGAUGAAGCGUGGCGAAUAUGUGGCGGACGUCGAUGACUGUUGCACGGCGCAAUGUCGCCGCGCGAGGCGUCAUCACCGCAACAACCAUCAUCCGGCGUCGCGGCACUCCGUGACGCCACGCGAGUUGAGCUGAGUCCGGUCAUCCUGUAAAAAUCGCUCGCUCCGGUCCACGAAGGAGAAGCUCGCGCGAGCACCGUAGUCAUCGUCUGGCCGAGAGAGAAAAAGGAAGAGAGAGAGAGAGAGAGAGAGAGGAGGGGGGCGAGAGGGGGAGAAAGACAGAAAGGACGAGAAGGGAGAGAGGGGGGAGAGAGAGAACUGGUCGUUCUUCGUUGUACAAGCACGUCGCCAUAUCCGCGCGUGUCGUGCGAUCGCCGUUGUCAAACGAGCGCGGACUAACUUCCAAGCGGCAACGAAACGACGGAAAUUGAAUCUAACGCUGAAUGGCUGUAACACCUGUGUGUCGAGAAAAAAAAGAGAAAGAGAGAAAGAAAUGAAGAGAUAUCGCGAGAGAGCUAGAUUAUAUCUGUAGAUCUGCUAAGCCGACCCUGUCAUUUAACCCUUUCGCUAUGGCGGAGCUCGUCGAGAAGCGCACAUCGCGCGAGUGUACACUUCAUCGCAAUAGGAAAGUCUGUUCUUCGUAGCUGCACUUUUUCCGAUCGAUCUUUCAUUUUCUGCUUUUCUUCCAUCGAGUGUCAAAUAUGUAUCUGCCUCGGUGCGGCCAUAAAGAACAGACCUAAAGUUCGUGUCUCUGUCGCAUCGCGCAACAAUCGGACGAAAUAUCGGUCUUGCAACCGAUAUAUGUUACUUUCGCCGUUGUGAUAACAGAUCAACGCGAAUACUGUUCACGACAAUGCGAACAAUGUAAUAUCUUAACAGCGGACUGCUUGUCCGUGCGCGUUCCGUUACAAGUAAGCGUUCGUACACAGAGAUGGGUUCGCGAGCGGCCGCUGCUGUUCGGUGGCCUUUCGUAGCGAAAGAGUUAGAAAGACGAACGCGAGAGGCGAGAGGAGAAGCGAGACGACGAAGUUAGCUCGACGCGUUCGCCGCAUUUCACUGGACGGAGAGGAACAACAACACGAACACGGGGGAACACACGGGGAGUGUUCGAUGAAACGAGAUUGGUAACUUUAACGACAAUUGAAUCGCGUUCGUUGCUCAAAGUUCGUUGUCGGCAAAAGUCAGCGAACGCUUACGCGUACGCGUGCGCAUGCGCGUGCAGGAAGCUGAGAGAAUGCUAGUGUAAUAAGAGGAAGGACGUGGACGGUACAUCAUCUGAUGCUAUUCUUAUCCCCCACGACCGCUCGGUCGUUCGCUCUUAGACAGUGAGAGAAAGAGAGAGAGAGAGAGAGAGAGAGAGAGAGAGAGAGAGAGAGAGAGAGAGAGAGAGAGAGAAAGAGAGAGAGAGAUAAAGAGAGGCUCCAGCACCCGCAGCCAGACGUUUAUUAGUCAAUUGAUCCUCAUCAACGGACAAACGGAACGGAAACCGAGCGCCCUUGCACUCUCUUCGCGAUAGUGGCACAUACGUUACGGUAACGGAAUGCCAAUGCGAAAAUGAAGGGUGAAAACUCGGGAGAAAGAAACGAGUUUUUAGUCGUGGCGGUAUCACAGUGCCCUACUAUACCCACUAAUCUCUUCGAGUUACCCAGCAACCAAAGAAGACUGAAGAACCUCCGAAGGCGAUAUCAGUUAUUUACGCACGAUUGCUAAUGUUUACUAAUAAAUCCAACUUAUGAUAAUUAUUAUUAUUUUAUUUUCACUAUCAUUUGUAUUAAUAGUAUUAUAACUACUCUAUUAGAUCUCUGGUACGAUUAGUGUAUCAUUGUAAUUGGUAUUAUCGCAUAUCGCUAUUGCUACGUCAUUUUUAUUAUCCUUCAUAGCGGUUGUUACAAUCUAAAUGAUCGUUGGUAAGAGUAUAUUGACGUUCCACGCGUAAUAUCUGCGUAACUCUUUCAACGAGAAAUAUAGCAAUAUGCUUAUUGUUCUACGAUCGAAUAAGCAGCAAUAUUCAUUUUAGUGGUAGCUAUGUUCUGAUAAUAUAUUUAAGUUGUAUUUAUUGUUAGGAAUUACUUACUUACGGUCGGACUGUUCGAGAACCUCGACAAGUGAACUAAUUCUUUCUUUGACGAUUCAGGAAUAAUUAGCCGCAUAAUCAGAUUGAUCGAUGUUGACGCGAAAUCGCAUACAUUCGCUCAAUUGUAAAUCUUUUAACAAGUGUGGAACUUACUUUUUGUCACCAAAAUUACCGAAGACCAUGUGACUCUGUGAAUCUGUGAAAUUUUUAAAAGCUGGUACACAAGAUUUGCCAUAUACUUACCUAAUUAUAUUUCUCGUUUAUAUAUAAUACGUAUAUAUUAUAUCUAUUCUAAUAUGUAUAAGUUUUAGAAGUAUACGAAAGCGAAACUUGACAAUAAGCUAACCUCGGCUGUUUCUCAAUUUUAUAUGUUAAUUAUAAUUCUCACGUGUCUCACGUAUCACCAUUCUAAGUUUCGUAAAUUUCAUUGGCGAUUUAUCGGGCAAUGUAGCCGACAGACAAAAAUAGAAACAGUAAUGGAAAUUCAGAGGGCGUUAACUUGCGAAGAAACUUGCACGGCUAUCGAUAUCCCCACCUCUCAAGUUUUUCGAGCCUUUAAAUGAUAAUUUGAGAGUUGCGUUUGAUUUGAAUCAGUGACUUUCACAGAACAACACCAGGCGUGUCGUAUAUGCCUUAACAAUAUUUUAACAUUAUCUUAUUCGACGUAAUCUAUUUUAUAUAAAGGAGUUGAUUCUCCGUGUACCAUAAGUGCCUUACUUAUCGUAUGAAUAUGCAUGCGUAGUCAGUGAUGUUAGCGUGCUGAGUAUGCGAGCGAUUUGUAUAUAAACGUGUACGAUUAAGCGGUCGAAGAUGAUCUUAUAUUCUAGCUUAACAUUACAUUAAUUAUCGUAGUAUAAUAUUUAUAUAUUAUGCAUAUAUGCAGGGUGUCCCAAUAGUAUCGUACAAUACUUCAGCAGCGUGUUCUAGAGUUCAGUUGGAAAAUCUUCAAUAUUUCACUGAGCUUCGCGGAAAAGGAUGAAAGAAUUCGAAAUUUCUUUCAUGUGUGGCCGAAAUUUUCGCAAGGAGUAGCGCUAUGUACAUAAUGAGCGCGUGCGCGCGCGAAUUAGCUUACACCUUGUAUACAAAGCGGCACGCUAAGUUUGUCCGCUCGAAGUAUAUCUCUGCUGUUUGAAACUGUAGAAAGAACAAUCGAAACUAGAGAAUCUUCUGGUCUCUCGAGGACACGUGUUUUAUGGUGGCAAUAGUUUCGUCGUGAGCGGAGAGCCAUGUGAAGGUCGACCUGAAUUUUUCAUAUUGAAGUAUAGUUUCUUGAACACCCGCGUUUGUAGCCCUUCUCACGAGGAGUACGAAGGUCCGUGGCUCAGAAUCACCGAAGAUCGAGCGAGACCGGAGCUGGCUACGAGCUCGAGGUAUUUUGACACAAGAUUUCAGAUAUCUCAAGCUCGCGCACGGUUACUCGACCUUCGGUGACAUUAGCUCACAGGUUGCGUGCGUGCGUGCGUGCGUGCUUUCAGUGCCAUUCUAGAUUCCCCGCGCAUGUUAUUGUUUAUUGUCGAUUAUUAUUAUCGUCGCGAUUAUUUAAAGUCAUCCGCAUGUGUAAGUGAUCGGUCUCUACUUAGACCGACAGGCGAAUUAACAUUAACUAUUUAAUUAAGCGGCAUGCUCUUAUUCCGACAUGCUUCAUGUAUAUAUAUACAUAUAUGUAUGCUCUUUCAUUUAAUAAGGUCCAUCAGCGUACUGUACGUACUAUACCGAUUAUCGGUGCGGUUUCCGCGUGGACACUGGAAUAGAAACUCGAGGGCUUCAAAGAAGAGCUUAGCGUUUAUAUCGGGUUAAUCUUACCGGGAUAGCUAACGUAAAAAAAUGUAAAGAGAUUAACAGUGUAUACGUAAAAUAUUACAUCGUGCGAGAGGAAAAGUCGUCGUUAUCUAGCGUGAUGAUUAAUUAAAAAAAAAUAAAAAAGAGAAAAGGGGAAAACAGCGGGAAGCGAACGUUACUGGAGGUGUUUUCGGAGCAAUAAAUUUUAUAUUUCGCCGCGUUGCGUUUACAA